AAAAGCUCAAAAACACUAAUUGACUUUCUAGGUAAAAAGUCAGCCGCGCUUAAAAAUAAUCGAGAUAUUCUUCGCAGCAUGCCCUCGAAAGACCGUCACUUGCACGUCGCACUGGGCUGUUUCCUACCCCGCGCGCCUGAUGUGUUGGCGAUGAACUAAAUUUUUGAAGCUUCAACUGCGAUCCUGGUCAACGCUUCUAACACCCCGACCAUGCCAUAAACACAGCCAUGAAAGACUGCAUAUAUAUGAUACAGCCUGCGCCGCCUGGGCAUGAGAAAGCACCACCCCUUGUACUCAUUCACGACGGUGGCGGAACAACCGUAUCAUAUUGCUAUUUAGAUUCCCUGGACAGAGCAGUCUAUGGUAUACAGAACCCGCGUCUGUAUUCCGGCCAGCCUUGGGACCAUGGACUCCCGGAAAUGGCUAAGGUGUAUGCGAACCUGAUACUUUCAGUUGUGCCAUCGGGACGGCUUCUAUUGGGUGGAUGGUCACUAGGCGGAAUUCUGUCGUUGGAAGUGGCCAGCAUCCUGCUCAGGACAUCCACGGUCCGCAUUGUCGGGUUGGUCAUGGUUGACUCUAUCUACCCACUGGCGAUUUCGCAAGCCAAAUCGAAUGUUGUUGGCCCUCAGCCAGUGUUUAACAAAGAUACCCGGCCCGAAACCCGCCGACUUGUUUCCCAAUGCAUGGAGUUGGCUCAACCUAUGGCCGAUAACUGGAUUCCACCCGUGUGGAGUGGAUGUAGCGACUCGGAUUUGAUUCUGAAAAGGGCUGAAUUAGAGAAAGAGCUCUCUUUGAUUGAUUCGAAACCGUCAACUGAGGCCGUGGCACCUGAUGAGACUCACCUUGAUAUGAAUUGGAGUCCGGAAAACGGGGCGACGGUAUCGAACAUCGACACCCAGCUUCCAUCCAUCCCCAAAACGAUUAUCCUUCGUUGUGACGACUACGUUCCAGUGUCAAGGCCAGACCUACCGGAUGCAGUCUGCAGGGUCGAUGUCGUGCGCGAACUUCGGAUUCUGGGCUGGGAAAAGUAUCCAAAUCAUUUCACGCCCACAGUCUUGAGCAUACCUGGCCACCACUUUAACAUGUUUACAGAUGAAUAUAUUGAUGAGGUCUCAACUCAGAUUAAACAGGCAUGCAGAAUGCUGGAGCGUGACUGCUAGGUCCUAUAUAGGAUAGAUAUCCUUUAGGAUACAUUUUCGGUCAAUUUGACAACAGGUUAUCACUGACCUGAUUGAAAUUUGUAAUCAUUGUUCUCUUCUCCUUCCCUGUAAAAAGAACUGAACCUACAUCAGUUUUGAAUAUUUGUUCUUUCUUGUCUACAACAUCUUCUUUCACAUCUCUGCACUGCAACAAGCUACCCUGAUGAACUACUUUGCAUGCUGGAGAAGCUGUAAUACUUUUCUAGCUUGCAUCCUCCCACUACUUUCUUUGUACAAUUCAGUUGUUUCCUCAUCACCAUUGACCUGCCUUGUUUGACCCAAAAGACCAUUGUAUAUUGCCCAUCAUCAGCCAAACACCGUGUUCUUGAUAGAAAGAAGCUCUUGCUUCUUUAGCAGUGCAUCGGUGCUUCCGUUAUCUACCGAAUUACAUGUUUAUAUCGAAGCCGUCUGCUCUGCGGCAUCGAAGACCGGCCUAUUUUACUCGAACACUUUCCACAUUUUCAAUACCCGUUCGGGACUGGCGUGCCAUCGAGCGUCUAUAACAUCUUGCUCCAUCGCAACAGUAGCAUAUCACCACCACUGCCCCUGGGACACCGAUCCACAUCGCAGUGUGAUAUACAAGUAGGUGUCACCCAGUCCUUAGAGAAACAAAAGUGGACCUGUAAAGCGCAGUGCUGAAUCAAACCUACACGGGCUAACAAACAAGCCACGACGGAACAUACGCAGAAAUAUCCUUUUUGCACGCACAAUGUGCUUUCAAUUCCAAUAUAUCUACAGCUGUACUCAUAUUACUUAUGGUCCCAAAUUUGGCCCUUGUCCUACGCCCUGCCCUGACCGCUGGGUCACGUUCAUCCCCGUAAACAUGGGUGGUCCAUGCAGCUGGUGUAGAGCACCAUACAACCGAUAGUGGCCAUGUCGAGCAUCAAUGACGAAACAUGAGCCACGGUCUUUUAUUAGUACUCUCACACGCACGAAUCGAUGGCGUCAGACUCAUUGCGACCAUUUGUCCUCAGGGGAUAUUGAGCGAGAAGAUUAUCGAUCAUACUGGGUUUAUAAGUCAGGGGGGAUUAUAACCUUCUAUCAUCUUUGAGACUCAGAGCUUUCUCUUUUCGCAGAACUUUGAUGGCUAGACUUUCGAUGUCUAUUUAUUCAUGUGAUGGUUAAACCCGAGGAGAGGGGGGGAAAGGAGAGGGCGGUUGAGAGCUAUACUUUUUUUUCCCUUUUUUUUCCCUUCUUUUUAUGGUAAGGUUUUGAAGUUUAUAGCAUGAAAUGAAGUCCUUGAAGCUAUGUAGUUAUCAUUGUGUGCAUGAUAUAAUUUCCCACUGCAGGUUGACUGGCUAGUUCCGAAUAUUUAACUUAAAUAUUAUCGGGCCAACGGUUUUGUAGCGUAAUCUGUCCAUUUAAAACCCCCUUCGCCUCUUGAUUUGCUAACUCCUUGUUUGUUAUUUAUACUAUUGAUAAAAAAUAUCCAUCUCUACGCUAAUUCAACCCAGAAUAUUGUCUUCUAUGUAUUCUUAGCCGUAAUACUGCCUAUUAUUGGACCUGUCAACACCAACAUACGCCUACUCUUUUGCCUCUCGAAUAUUCUCAUUCCUAGGUGAUACUCAUCCUUGGAUCCUAUCUCCGGGGCGAUAAUCCAGCGGACCUAAAUGGGGAAUUAAAGAGGACAGCGUCGUUCCAAUUGAAUUAUGAGAAUAUCACCGAUGCGGGAAUCGGUGAGCUGCUGAAUAAAGAAGAAGGGGAAAUAAACGCCAGGCGCUGCUGGCAAUUAUAGAGGAGUUCAUAUGGCAACUCUCAUCUUCCUCAUUAUUAACCAAAGAGGUGGCGCCAGCACCCAGGGAGCAAGUCAAAGAGGACAAGUAUCUUAGUAAGUAGUUAUAUGGUUUGUGGUGGGGUGGAUAGCGUAGUGGUAAAAGUGCUGUCCAUGGAAGGCUGUGGGGGAAUGAGACACGAAGGUUGCAACUUGCAGGAUUAAUAUUGAAUCAUGCCUCCAUCAUACGAUUGAUUUUAUCAUAAAAUGAUUUUAUCAUAAUCUAUUGAUCACAUUCAUAUUCUGGGGCCAGUUCUUAGCUACAGAGGGUUAAUCAAUAGAUAGAAUGAUAUUAAGUUCUAGUGUAUGAAGAUUGUCUUUAUAUUCACUUAGAUUUAAUCAGAUUUUGAUAAUUUUCUCUGAACAGUCUAGUUUCGAGAUAUCAAAGAAUCAUAAUCAUAAUAGAUUUCAAAUUAAGAGUAGUGAAAGAAUUCUUCUGAUCAAUGAUGUAGUUACUGUAUAUUACAAAAAAGCUAUGUAAUUGGUAAAAGCCUGUUUGAGACCCUGUAUACAUCUAAAUAGGCGUUUUAGACGAUGUUAC